ACUUAGAGCUUGAAGUCCAAUUCCAAUCAUUUAUUUUUAUUUUAAUCAAUGCCUUUAUUUUCACACAAUUUCCAAACAUCAACCAAAUUACGAAAAGACUAAAAUACCCUCCACCUCACUAUUUGGCAUAACAUUUGAGUGACCUCUCCUUUAUUUUACUCUCUCUCCUCAAUCUGACAAUGGCGGUAUCAAUGGAGGCGGGAACUGCCGUUAUCCUCUCUCUCUCUCCUCCUCCUCCCGUCGCCGCCUUUCUCCGUCGUCGAUUUCCGAUUUAUCUCGGAAAAUCGUCGCUAUUUUCCGGCGUUUCUCUCUCUACUCGUUCUUCGAUUUUUCGCAAUGCUAACUUCUCUCGAAGGUGUAGUCAGGGUGAUGUUUAUGGCAACAGCAAUAACAUAAUUUUGACUCCUGCGCCUGUUCUAACUUUCAUGAAAGGAUUGUUGAAAUUUGUGCUUUCUAACUUUCUGCCGCUAGCUCUUGUUGGUGGAGUAGCACUUGGGUUCUACAGUCCUGCAUUGGGUUGUCUAGCACACAAAUAUUCCUUUUCAAAAUUCAUCACCUGCUGGCUUUUCUUUUUAUCUGGACUGAAAUCGCAAGAUGGUGAUCUUAAAGAAGUUGUUGAGGCUUGGCCUGCUUUUUUGUAUGGGCUUGCUUCCAUCCUGCUGAUCUGCCCUAUCUAUUCAAAGCUGAUUCUCAAAGUUCCAAUGGUACCUCAGGAGUUUAUUACAGGCUUGGCGAUUUUUAGCUGUAUGCCUACGACAUUGAACGGAGGAGUAGCACUUACACAACUUGUACGUGGGAAUUCUGCUUUGGCUCUUGCUCUGACAGUAGUAUCUGUUCUUUUAGGCAUUUUGACUGUGCCUCUCUGGAUCACGAAAUUAUUUGCUGAUGGAUUUGGUGUAACAAUUCCGACUUGGCAGCUUUUCCAGAGUCUUCUUGUUACCCUUAUAGUCCCUCUCAUUCUGGGAAAGGUUUUGCGGAAUUCAUUCCCUGGUAUGGCAAGAUGUGUUGAACAGAAUGACAGGAUUUUAUCGUUCACCACUUCAAUUCUCCUUGCUUUUUUUCCAUGGAUGCAAGUCGGCAAGUCACGACAAUUGCUUCUGAUGGUUAAGCCUGCAACCUUUGUUUGUGCUAUUGUGCUUGGAAUACUUAUACAUCUGAGCUUUAUAGUUUUUAAUGCCACCUUGGUGAGAAGUUUAUCUGUUGGAUCAACUUCCUGGAAACCAGUAUUUGAGAAGCAAGCAAAUAGAAGGGCUUUAACGCUGGUUUGCAGUCAGAGAUCCUUGCUCAUUGCAACAGCUGUGGUGGAGCAGCUUGGAGGUGUGUUAGGUGAAACUGGCUUACUGCUUCUGCCUUGUGUAGCUGCUGAUGUGAACCAGAUCAUAAUUGAUUCACUUCUAGUUAACUUCUGGCUUCGAAAGGAUGAGCCAUGCGACAUUGGGAAGAAUACGUGAAGCUUGCUUGACAGAGUAUAUCGUUUGCUAAGUUCCCUUCCAUCUUAUUUUUUGAAAAAGUAAAUAAAUGUAUACAAGAAAUUUUUUUUAGAUCUUCAAAUUCAUAUAUUCUUAAUUCUUUUCAUAAUUAUACGCAGUAUUAUUCCUUCUAUUAGUUACAAGGACCCUUUAAUGAGUUUAGUUAAGCCUCUUACCCUCAGUU